ACGUGGGCUGCUUGGAAGCGCGAAGCUGGUUGAUACAGCAAGUGGGGAAAUCAAUAAAGUUAAAAUAAUCCACGCUGUAGCAGCGUUGAUCUGUGGGUGUACGCAGCAAUGUUCCUGCAAUACUAUCUCAAUGAGCAAGGAGACAGGGUUUACACCCUCAAGAAGGUGGAUCCCUCUGGUCAGCCGACAUGUUCAGCCCAUCCCGCCCGCUUCUCUCCAGAUGACAAGUAUUCCCGGCACCGGAUCACCAUCAAGAAACGAUUUGGUGUCCUGAUGACCCAGCAGCCUCGGCCUGUUGUAUAAACUGUGCGCCCCUGAUGCCAGCUGAAGCCAACACAACCAUCAAAGCGAGAUAAGCUUCUUCCAAAGCAGCCUUGAAGAAGCGGAUGCAGAAUAACAACAGCAACAGCAGAUCUGCUUUCUUCAUUCCACUUUAACCCUAAGACUUAGAGUGCUACUGUGAUGUUUUGAAAUUCAUCUUAAUUCCUUUUGUGCUCUGUGGAAGGGAGAAAUACCUGCAUUCUGCAAGAGAACUAAAAGUUUUUCUGUUCCACCUAUUUGGCUGUGUAAUUCUGGAGAUAAAAUGAAAUUUCCGUUGUUAAUUUCUUAA